UUUUGAUACUCUCCCCUCACUCUUUCGAAACCCUAAUUAUCAGACACUGCAACCAUGCCGCCAAAGUUUGACCCGUCACAAGUCGUCGACGUCUACGUCCGAGUCACCGGCGGGGAGGUCGGAGCAGCAAGUUCACUCGCUCCCAAGAUCGGUCCACUAGGUCUCUCUCCAAAAAAGAUCGGAGAAGACAUCGCAAAAGAAACCGCAAAGGACUGGAAGGGUCUUAGAGUGACAGUCAAGCUCACCGUACAGAAUCGUCAGGCGAAGGUAGCAGUUGUUCCAUCGGCGGCCGCGCUUGUAAUCAAGGCCUUGAAGGAACCCGAACGUGACCGCAAGAAGACCAAGAAUAUCAAACACAAUGGAAACAUAUCACUCGAUGAUGUUAUCGAGAUUGCUAAGGUUAUGAAGCCGAGAUCGAUGGCGAAGGAACUUUCCGGCACCGUUAAGGAGAUUCUUGGUACUUGUGUUUCCGUUGGGUGUACUGUUGAUGGUAAGGAUCCUAAGGAUCUGCAACAAGAAAUCAACGAUGGAGAUGUUGAAAUUCCUCUGAAUUAAGAGGUGGCUUUUCCUUUUUUGUAGACUAUUUUUGUUGCAUUUAAAUUUUUGAAUUAUUUAAGAUUUUGUUUAGUAUUUGGGUAAUUGAGAUUAUUUUGAGAGGUUUUAUCUCAUGGUUAAGGUUGCAUGCGACUCUUAAAUUAUAUUAUGUUAUUUUCUUUCAUAUAAUCCGCUGAUUGUGGUUUGAGAGUAUAACACUUUAAA